CGUAAAGCCGCUAAGACACACACACCCUGUACAUCGCCUUGAUCUGUAACAAUCUGACCCUCUGACUGCCUGUUUCUAGCUAAACACUAACAAGCCAACAGCCAAGGUUUCUUUCAAGAGAGAAAACAUUAAUCUAUCCACCUACUUCAUUGUGAUGUGUGAGAUGCUCUCUUCACUCCUCAGACCUUCUGUAUUUAGGAUGUCAGCUGGUAUGUGUCCACUUUCCAUCUGUCCUGUGAGGGCAUCACCAGCCAUAACAGUCAGAAGAUGUGUGCAGCUCGGGAGAGGCCUGGGCGAGUCCGAGGGGCGCCGACCAGUGACGCGGGUCCAGAAGUACGUGUUCGGCCGCUACAUGCAGUACCUGCACAAGUUCCAGCAGGUGCUGGAGAGCGAGUUCCCCGCCGCCUUCCGUCUCUACCGCGUGUUCACCGUCGGCGUCAGGGACUUCGUGCGGGACGCCAAGUCGUUCGCGCUAUUGGCGCGUAAGGUCCACAGCACCGGGCUCGGCAGUCUGAGCCGGCGUGAGCUGGAGCUGUACUUCCGCACGCCGCGUGACAUGCGCGCCGUGGCGCCCGUGCUGCUGGUGUCGGCCUUGCCGCUGGCACAGAACGUCGUCUUCCCCCUGGCGUACCUGUUCCCCCGCCAGCUGCUGUCGCGCCACUUUUGGUCUCUGCAGCAGCGCGCCGAGUUUGCAUUGCACGAGCACAAGAGGCGGCUGCUCUACAUGCGGCCCGUGCUCAGGCAUCUACAGGCAAGGUGGCGGCUGGUGAGCUGCACGGCCUCAGUGUGCUCACCCUCCGGCGACGGCGCUCGCUGCGCGAACAUGGCGAGCUGCUGCGGCAUAUGGACGCCUGCCAUGGCGAGGGAGGGUGUCACCGACAUGUCCCUGGAGGAGCUCUACUACGCGUGCUUCCUGCGCGGCCUGAAUCCGCAGAAUCUGCCGCGCGAUCAGAUGGUGUCGUGGCUGAGCCAGUGGGCACUCGUGUCUGGCCAGAUGGAGCCGGGCGCCGCCUCGCUGCUGCUCCACUGUCCGCUGCUGCUCGGCUACAACCAGCCGACCAACUGGGCGCUCAGGCACUGAAUACGGUUUCGUAGCUGCUUGCUACAUCGCAUGGGACCGCAGUCUCCUCUGGUAUCACCACCAUGGAGCUAUGGAGCCGUGGCCAGGGCGCGCAGAGCCUCCUCCUGUGUACCGAGACCCACUGGGUCUGGAAAGCAGCUGCCUUUCGUGUGCCUGGCCGGAGAUCUCACGGAGUCAUCUGAACGCUGCCACCCAACUUUGAUGCGUGCAGAGCGCGUUUGUAGCGGCGCCUGCCUUCGCGAAGCAGUACUCUCUCUCGGGGGAGAUGGCUCAGCGAGGAGAAGCCCGACUGGAGAAGCGCCGCCCGGCCGCUCGCUCCCGUUGGGCAGCGUGACAGUGCAAUCUCGGGGACCCAUCCGGCAGAGACGCGUGGCUCGUGAUAUCUCAGGGACAUUAUCAGUCGCACCGGACGCCGACCGCGUGAUGCGAGAGGCUCAUCUGCGGGGCCCGACGGUCGGGCUCUGGCACCGUGGGCACCACGGCUGGUCUGUAGGGCCUGACAGUCGGGCGCUGGCACUGUGGGCACCACGGCUGGUCUGUAGGGCCCGACAGUCGGGCGCUGGCACUGUGGGCGCCACGGCUGGCCUGUAGGGCCCGACAGUCUGGCGCUGGCACUGUGGGCGCCACGGCUGGCCUGUAGGGCCUGGCAGUCGGGCGCUGGCACUGUGGGCACCACGGCUGGUCUGUAGGGCCCGACAGUCGGGCGCUGGCACUGUGGGCGCCACGGCUGGCCUGUAGGGCCCGACAGUCUGGCGCUGGCACUGUGGGCACGACGACUGGUCUGUAGGGCCCGACAGUCGGGCGCUGGCACUGUGGGCACGACGGCUGGUCUGUAGGGCCCGACAGUCGGGCGCUGGCACUGUGGGCACGACGGCUGGUCUGUAGGGCCCGACAGUCGGGCGCUGGCACUGUGGGCACGACGGCUGGUCUGUAGGGCCCGACAGUCGGGCGCUGGCACUGUGGGCGCCACGGCUGGCCGUAGCCGUGCGCCACCAUGUCCCUGAGCUGCAUGACGGGCUGUGCCGGUGUGCGUGUGUGUUUGCGUGCGUGCGUGCUUGCAUGCGCGUGUGACAUGCGUUUUGCAGUGAGUCGUGCCGUGUCGGACGACGGUCGGCACCGCGUCGCAGUCAUGACUCCUGUGAACUUGGAGCUGUCGUAUCGGAAACGAUGCUGAGGUCUACAUGAACUAGUCGUUUUGAGGCAAUGAUUGCAUUGCUGGGAUCUGUCUGAUUGUUACCGCAGUUGUCAUACUGCCUGCGCGCACACCGCUCGUGGAACGCUCACUGUGUGAGGAAGAGGGAGAGAGAGAGAGAGAAACAGCGGGUCAGUCGGCAGUGUGGCACGUCCCCAAAUACAAUGUGCUAAUGAACGGCCGCGUGGCACUGAGCCCGGCCCAGUGAGCCCGGCCCAGUGGGAGACUGCGAGCACAGCCGGUGAGAGAGUGAUGAGAGCAGAGACUAACAGCGAGACCAAUGGGCCGGGCGCACUUGAAGCGCCCUUCGGCAAGGCCGUGGCAGGCAGUACGGUAUCUUCAUCCGAGCAGGCCUUUCAUAGUGCAUCGCGGCAGUGACACUCUGCUAGCCGGCCAGGGCGCAGCCUCUCGCUCAGUCUCGUCUCGAAACUCGUGUCACAGAGCCGUGCUGCGCUUCACCUCUCGGCGGCCGUGUAUUGCAGCCGCGCCGCGCUACAGCCGGGUGAGCGAUCCCGUCAGCAGCUCGUCCACGCGCCGCUUGUCACGCAGGUGCCGCUCACGCAGCCGCUGAAUCGCCUCUGCCUGGCACGCCAGCUCGUCGACGCGGCCUCGGCGGUCGGCGUCGCGUGGUGAGCCAGUCAGCGAGUCGGGCGAGAGGCCAC